CUUCAUUCGUUGUCAUCAAAACAUUUGUCGCGUUUGGAAGGUGUGUCCCAUUUAUUUGGCGGCGCCUUUUCUUAUUUUUGCUCACUCAGGCCGUCCAUAAAAUCGGUAUUUUACCAACUCAAUACAAUACUAGCCUGCCAUGGACUCAGAUCUGACCAUUUCCACCUCAGACCACUUAUCAAUUCACCUCACUUACUCACCCCCCUCGUCAACAUGACUACCGCCCACCAAGAACCAAUCAGGAUCCUGAUCCUCAACCCCAACUCGUCCAAGUCCAUGACCGAUGGCAUGGCAAAGUCUAUUUCCAGCUUACACCUCCCCGACAACAUCGAAAUCACCUACUACACAGCCUCCACCUCUUGUCCAGCCAGCAUCAACAACGGCACCGACCUGGAUACCUCCGCCUCCGUCGUCCUCCAAGACCUCAGCAGCAACCUCCAACUCCUCAAAGACCACGACGCCGUCCUAGUAUGCUGCUACUCCGUGCACCGUCUCGUCCCCGGCCUCUCGGAACUCGCUGCAUCCAACGGCUUCUCCCUCUCCGUCACGGGCAUCUUUGAAGCCUCCGUCCUCACUUCUCUGUCGCUGCUCACGGGCCCGACGAAGAAAUGGGGCAUUGUCACGACGGGAAAGUACUGGGAGGAGCACCUGACGGUAGGUAUCAAGAAAUUCCUGGGUCAAGAGGAGGAAGGGGGAAACAAUACAAAGUUUGCUGGGGUGCAGACGACGGGGUUGGAUGCGGGAGAUUUCCAUGGGGAUAUUCCUAAGGAGGUAAUUGAUGCGAAACUGGCGGAGGCGACCAGGAAGUUGUUGCAGGCUGGGGAUGUGGAGUGUGUGGUAAUGGGGUGUGCGGGCAUGGCUGGACUGGAGCAAAUUAUUCGCCGGACUGCGAUUAAGGAGUACGGCGAGGAAAGGGGGAAGAAGGUCAUGGUUGUUGAUGGAGUCAGAGCGGGAGUUGGGCUGGUGGCUGAGAUGGUGAAAAAUAGGAUAAUGUUUACCCAGUAGGGACGGAAAGGGAGUGGAAUAAGCUUUGAAGCUGGAAAUUUCUUUUCGAGUGAUUUGUACGCAAGGUCGUCGCAGUGCUCCCUGCCUUUUUCCAAGCUCUCGGGGCAGAAGUCACAUCGUACAGUCCAGUACUGGUUUGUUUGUUAGUUCGAGACCUCGUGUCAACUUUCCUAUGCGUUUUCAUGGCUAACUAAUGUAUAAUCUUACCUUGGGCACGCCACGCCAUCUCUAAUAUUCAAAAU